AGAUCAUCGAGACUGAACUAGAAGACUGAGUGUCAGAUGACAGGUGUCUCCCGUGACAGUUGCAGGUCAUCACGGAAUACAAAAAAUAAUCCCAGAAACAAGAGAUUGUUAUGCAGUAAACAGUCAUUAUAAGCUGUAUCUGCAAGAAGCAGAAUAAUGGCAUCUUCAAUCAAAAGUCAUGCAGUCAUUCCGAAACCAAAGAUAGUAAGGUUGUAUAUGUGCACCUGGAAUGUGGGUACAACAGACCCUCCUAGUGAUAUGACAGAACUUCUUGGACUGGACAAACCUUAUGAAAUGCUACCCGAUAUAUAUGGCAUAGGUUUACAAGAAGUGAGUACAGGUGAUGCAGAUGCAGAAGAAAACAAGUGGACCAAAGCCUUAACACAUGUUCUUGGGAAAACAGGAUUUGUUCGAGUAAAAGUUGUAAGAAUGCAGGGGUUAUUAUCAUUAGCCUUUGUGAAGAGAGGAGACCUGUUAAGCUAUGAACACAUUGAGUCUGAGAGGUCUAAGGCUGGUAUGGGUGGCUGGUGGGGCAAUAAAGGAGGUGUAAGCAUCAGAUUUGAUGUCAAUGGUGUCAAUCUAAUCAUGGUCAACGCCCACUUGGCAGCUCAUAUGAACAAUGCUAUGGAACGAAUUGAGGAUUUUUUCACUAUACUAGACACACAGAAUUUCCGAGACAAGGAUGUUGAUAAUAUCCUAGACCACGAUUAUGUGUUUUGGAUGGGAGAUCUGAAUUUUCGUUUGGAUGACUUGAAAAGAGCGGAAGUCGAAAGAGAAAUAGCAGCCAAAAAUUAUAGUGCCUUACUCAAGAACGAUCAGUUGUUAAAAUGUAAAGAAGAGGGAAUGAUAUUCACUGAUUUUGAAGAGGGACCAAUCACAUUUGCACCAACCUACAAGUUUGAUCCUGGCACAGACAUCUAUGACACAAGUGAGAAGCAGCGGGUACCGGCCUGGUGUGAUCGAAUUCUGUGGAUGGUCCAUGAAGACUCGUUCCAGAACUUGGAUCUUAGUGUGAAACAAUUUUACUACAAAUCUCUUCCUUCCUACACCACAAGUGACCACAAACCUGUCAUCUCAGAGUUUCAAUUUCCGGUGUUUCCCCAUCCACCCAGCCAACCUGUUGUGACACUUCAGGUCCCAUCGACAUGGAAGCUUGGUAAGGAUGUGGAUGUUACAUACAUGUACAGGAACAACCCUGAUCUGACUUCCUCCUCCUGGGACUGGAUAGGCCUGUACAGAAAUGACUUUUCAACCCUGAAUGACUACAUCAGUUACAAGUAUGCAGAGAGUAAGGUAGAGGGAAGGGACCAACCGAAUAUCACCUUGACCUGGAAGGGAAGAGACCUGCCAACGAAACCAGGAAUGUAUGUGUUGUGUUACAUCAGCAAGGUCAAGGACACAUUAAUGGGAAUGAGCAGUGAGUUCCAGGUUGUGCAGUGAGUGAUAGAUGGAAUAAUAAAGGUCUGAUCAUUACAAAGUGCCUACUUACAACAAGUCCUUAAUCCUAUAUUUACAGCUGUCAGAUCUGGAGUUUAAUACUCGGAGAAUUUACACAUGAUGGUCAGAUAACUUCUCUUUUUAUAUAUGUUUUUAUUUCUGUUAUGAAUUUGAUCCUCAAGUAUAAAAAUCUGAUAAAAUCCUGUCUACUUUUAUACAGGUGAGAUGUUUUUUUGUGUGAUUUGAGAGGUGCUCAAGUCCACUUCCCCUUGUAUCCAUACAACCAAUCUGUGAAUCGUAUAGUUUUACUGUGAUUUUAAAUGUUGCUCAGCGAAUCUAAUGUACAAGUUGGAUUCCAUUGUCUUGAUGUGUUAAGUCUUCUCUGUUCCAUAUCUUUUAAAGGUUUAUCUUUUUUGAGCCUGACAUGUACAACUUCGAACCAAUUUUCACUUUUGAAAAAUAUACUUUAUGAUACCAUACUAUACCAAUUUCACUUCCUAAACAAAUGUUCAAACCGCUAUCUAAAAAAACAUUAACCAAACAUUUAAACCAAAGUCCUUAUCAAAACACCACAAAAAACUCCUCUCAGAGUACA